GUUCGCCAAUUGCAGGUUCCGCAGUUGAUGAAAUCGAGCAAGUCGUAGGAUAUGUAAGCUUAGGAUACCCUUUUGGCAUGAUGGCUUCUAUCCUCUUUGGCCGGCACCACAAGGCCAUCUUGCAUUCUCCGAAGCCGAAGCUCUUUGUAAUGGGAACACGAGAUGGAUUUACAAGUGUGAAGCAGCUGAAAAACAAGUUAAGGACAGCAGCAGGUAGUACCGAAACUCAUCUAAUCGAAGGAGUUAGCCAUUUCGAAAUGGAGGGUCCUGCAUAUGAUGCUCAGAUGGUGAAUCUUAUCCUUGAAUUCAUUGCAUCAUUAUAG